CUCAGUCGCUUGAGCGCUGGUCGGCCCCGGAAGGAAAACAUCGUCGACGCUCCUCCCCCAACCACCGCUCCUCCGCUCGUGCUGAUGGCGGCGGCGAUCCGGUCCCUCCUCCGCAAGGCGGCGCCGUCCCUCGGCCGCGGGUCGCCGGCCCUCGGCCGCAUGUCGCCGGUGGUGCAGGGGCUUUCGCCGGCGGCGCGCCUCCUCUCAACGACGGGGGGACAAGUGGCUUAUUCUGAUGAUGAUGAAACGCUGGCCAAACAGCGUGAGGAAAUAAAGCGCAUGACUGCUGAGUUUGAUGCGAGCAUGCUGGAGAUCCGCAAGAAUUUGGAUGCUAUGGAUGAAAUUGAGAGAUCCAAUGGACAUGGUGGUCGCUUGAGCCUGGGUUGGUUUCCGGCCAGGUGGAUGCAGCCUGUGGAAGAUGAGAACCCGAGGGGGCAGCGUCGGCCGGCACCUGCUCGAUGUCGACCACGGAAGGGCACCAAGCAUGGCAGAUAUAGUGAGAGCCGAACAGGGAGACCACCGCUGACUGUGAUGCUCGCCAUUCUCCCCGACAAGGAGAUCUGGUUGGAGGAUGUCGAGGAUGCGAAGCUAGUGAGGCAGUUGUCCGCGGAGCCGCCCGGAAGGCCAGCAAAUAACACCGAGGAACAUGAGGCGUCCCCGACGGCCUGUUAGGUGGUGUAGGAGGCGGCUUCCAGACGGCUGGCUGUAGGAGGAUGCGCCGUCCACGACAGCCAAGCCAUGUGGUGUAGGAGGAGGCGCGCCGUCCCUGACGGCCGGCCAAUCGGUGUAGGGAGGCGGCGCUGCCGACGGCCGAGGCGAGGCGAGGCGAUGGGUUGGGGCAACACAGAGAUGGGAGGGGCGGCGUCCUUCAAGGUGCAACGGCUCGAGGCGAUGCGGGAGGCGUCGUGAAGGUCCGGCGGCUGGAGGCGAUGGGGGAGGCGUCGUGAAGGUGCGGCGGCUGGAGGUGAUUUGGGGGCAGAGCGAUGAUGCAGCAGUUACUUUCCUUCUUUCUUUCUUGAUUGACGUGGGCAGUUUCUUUCCUUUCGUGCGAAAGGAAGAUGAUAACGGAAGAGAAAGUACUUUCCUUUCUUUCUUGAUUGACGUGGGGCAGUUUCUUUCCUUUUGUGCCAAAGGAAGGUGAUCACGAAAGAGAAAGUUAUGUUUAGCGUUAAACGUGUUUAGUCGCUCACCAUUAGGACAAUAUCAACUGUUGGAUGAAUGUGAAUGGAUGGCCGAGAUCUGUUGGAUCUGCCCCACCGGGUCUUUUUAUAUUGGUAUAGAUAUAGAUAUAGAUAUAGAUAGAUAUAGAUGAGCUGAUGAGGUUUUAAUGGUGGACCUCGAUCAAAUUCUUUUAUGCGUCUUAUCAGAUCUUAUAAUUUGAUGUUUGCUUUUACUUCUCUUGGAGCGAAGGUUGAUGAUAGCAUAAAUGUGGGUCAGGGUGUCUACAUACUUAAAAUAAAUGGUGUUGCCUACCAUCGGAUAGAUUCGUUGGUGCCGCCAAGGGGCGUGUCGCCAAAGUUUGCGCAACUCUAUAUCUAUGAUACUGAGAAUGAGUUGGUUAAGCAGUUCAGGAUGCUUUGGGUUUCCUGUGAGCGACUUGAGUCACCUGCUUCAGGUUCUAUUAGUAUUAGGAUUGUUGGAUCUGGUACAAUAUAUGUGUUGCAGAAUGUCUAUUGAAAUAGUGCUCUCAUGUUUAUUCAGCAGACUCUAGUCUUGUUUUUUAGACGCAAAGUAGGGCUCCUGUGAUGAACUUUGUGUGAAUUGUGACUUGCCUGAGAUAAACCUAGUUGCAGAAUGUAUAUAGUACCUCUGUAACUUUAUAUAAGAUGUUUUUUUGAUUAUUUGAAAGUGUCAAAAAAACGUCUUAUGUUUUGACACGGAGGGAGUAAUACUUUAAAAGUAA